GGCGGACACUCCCUUAAAAAACCGGAAACUCGGUGAUGAGGAAGAAGUAGUUAGCAAGCUAGCUAACAACAGCGAAUUAUAUAUAUAUAAAAAACUUGUAUAUUCGUCGCCUCAAAUUCUCAACCAUGUCGGGAUCAUCCAGCAUCGUAGCUAUGAAGAAAAUCGUCCAACAGUUGCGCCUUGAAGCCGGCAUAAACAGAGUUAAGGUGUCCCAGGCCGCGGCGGACCUGCAGCAGUUCUGCCUUCAGAACGCCAUGCAGGACCCCCUGCUCACCGGCAUGUCGUCCAGCAACAACCCGUUCAGACCGCAGAAGGUUUGCUCCUUCCUAUAGCACCGACUGACCGACCCUCUGCCUCCGUUUUGAACAUUGUGGUGCCUUGUGGAACCUGGCUUCAGGACCUGCGCUGUGGACUAGAAUCGUCUCAGGAGUGUUCGGGAACUUGGGGACAAGCAAACUAACUUAACAAGUUUUUUACUUUUGCCUUUUGUAAGAUCUCACACAGAAACAUUUCCAGGUGCUUUUGUGGCACAGUAAACGUCUUAACCUUCUUGCAUAGAAGUAACUAACUCAUAUCAACACACAUGUGCCUUUUUGAAUUGUACAUUUUUCAUGCCUGACUUUAAUAAAUAAAUGGUAUUCCCACAUUUUAAA